UUGUGCCGUGCAAGGUCAGUGAGCGAUUUGAUGAGCUUAUAAUAGACAGCAACAAAAGAAAGAGGCAAAUGAUAAUACGGAGAUGCUGCCUUUUAUCAUGUGUCGAGAGCAGGAAAGAGCCUGACGAUGGCGAGAUGAUCAGACAGAUUGUGUGAGGCAAGUCCGGAACGGACAUCGCCGAGUCAGGCUGGCAUGGAUGUGACCACCACGAACUGCCGUCUCCUUUCUUUCGCCUGGUGAUGCGUGCCUGUGCGAGAGUGCGCGUGUGCAUGUGCAUGUGUGCGAGCGUGUGUUGUUCUUAUUUCGCUCCGGAGAAGCGAAACGCAUCCCACUGAUUCGCGUUCACGGCUUUGGAUCCGGGGAUGAUUUGCUGGUGUUGACAAAAAUGCUGCUUUGGAUCGUCUUGCUGAAGGCGGCUCUUUGCGUGGCUACUAGAAACGUUACGAGGGACGUGUGCAAGGAGCAGAUCUGCUCCUGCAACGCUGUAGAGGGCGACCUGCAUAUUGACUGCGAGAAACGGGGCUUCACGAACCUGCAGCAUUUGACUGGCCCAAGCUCGCAGUUUUAUCACCUCCUGCUGCAUGGGAACUCCUUGUCCAGACUCUUCCCAAAUGAGUUUGCCAACUUCUACAAUGCCGUCAGCCUGCAUCUGGAGAACAACGGCUUGCACGACAUCGUGCCCGGCGCUUUCCUCGGGCUGCAGCUCGUCAAGCGGCUGCACAUCAACAACAACAAGAUACGCUCUUUCAGGAAGAGCACGUUCCUCGGCCUGGACGAUCUGGAGUACCUUCAGGCUGACUUUAACCUGCUUAGAGACAUUGACCCUUCUGUGUUCAGGGACCUGAGCAAGCUCGAGGUUUUGAUCCUGAAUGACAACCUCAUCAGUGCGCUCCCAAUCAACGUGUUUCAACACGUACCCAUCACCCACCUCGACCUACGGGGUAACCGGAUAAAAACGUUGCCUUACGAAGGGGUGCUAGAACAGAUACCGGGAAUAGUCGAGGUUUUAUUGGAGGACAAUCCAUGGGACUGCAACUGUGACCUGGUUUCUUUGAAGGAGUGGCUUGAAAACAUCCCACAGCGGGCUCUCAUUGGCCGGGUGGUUUGUGAGGCCCCUGCAAGGCUCCAGGGCAGUGACUUAAAUGAAACAGCGCAAUCUGAGCUGUGCCCAUCAAAGGAUGGCGCCGAUUCGAGCUUGGCUGCUCCACCCACGCAACGUGAAGCCUCAGAUUUGGGACCUCCACCCACAUUAUUGGUUACUGAGGUGCGCCCAGGCCGCGAACGACCCAAAGCACGAGAGAACUGGCAGCUGAAAGCGCCUACAAGCACUGCUGGAGAGCGCGACAUAGUUCUGCCUUCCAACAACAAUGCCACUGGUGCUUGCCCACAGCCAUGUGUCUGCAAGCUGAUUGGCACAAGGCAGGGACUUGGUGUAAACUGUGAAGGCAAAAAGAUAGAGAGCGUUUCCAGCCUAAAGCCCAAACCCAUUGGUGCUCAUGAGCUCAACCUGCGUGACAACAAUAUCCACACAGUCAGAAGGUUGCAGUUCAGGGGCUUCACAAGCCUGAAUUUGCUCGACCUGGGGGGCAACAACAUCAAAGUGAUUGAGAAUGGCACGUUUCAGUACCUGAGUGAGUUGCGGUGGCUCUACAUGGACAAGAACUACUUGGAUACCCUUAUGGCGGAUAUGUUUGUGGGCCUUCAGAACUUGGAAUAUCUCAGUUUGGAGUACAACGACAUCCAGCUGAUAGUGGCAGGCGCUUUCAGCCCCAUGCCCAACUUGCGUGUGCUGUUCCUCAACAAUAACUUGCUGAAGUCGCUGCCCGUGGACACCUUUCUGGGAGUUUCCCUGUCCAAGAUCAGCCUGCAUAACAACUACUUCACCUAUCUUCCUGUGGUGGGUGUUUUGGACCAGCUGGUCUCCGUCAUCCAGAUCGAUUUGCAUGGGAACCCUUGGGAUUGCUCAUGCAACAUUGUGCCAUUCAAACGUUGGGCCGACCGGCUGGCCUCAGACGUCAUCGUCAGCGAUCUCAAGUGCGAGUCUCCGGAAGAGUUCUGGAAGAGGGAUUUCCGGAGGAUCAGGGAUGACCUCAUGUGCCCGCAGCUUUUUGAUCAGCCUCCGUCCGGCACUGCACCAUCAAGGAAUGGCUCUUUGGCAUCCGGGGAUGGGGGAACCCGCUCGGGAUCCUACCUGGAACCCAGCCGAGUGUCCAUCUCUGUUCUGGUGCCGGGCCUUUUGUUGGUCUUCGUCACAUCCGCCUUCACUGUGGUGGGAAUGCUGGUGUUUGUCUUGCGCAACCGCCGCAGGUCCAAACGCCGGGAAGGCAACUCUUCCGCCUCCGAAAUCAACUCUCUGCAGACUGUGUGCGAUUCGUCUUACUGGCAUGGCGGGGCUUACCAUGCAGAUGGACCCCACCGGCCUUACGACUGCGGUGCCCACUCGCUUUCUGACAAGUGAAGCCUUUGGGGGGAAAAGUGCGCAGGGAUAAAAAUGCGCAAAAUAAAAACCCGUUGCAAAAAAGCAACGUGCACUGCUGCUGUGUGACAAGGGAGAAAAGGGACGAGCUCACUUUCUCACUUGCUUCUAUUGGGAAAUAGCCUAUUUUUUAUUCACUUCACUUGACUAUGGUGUUUAUGAGCCAGUGCUAUGGAACCAAUAUUGUAAAAUAGGCAAUGUGCACUGCUGCUGCGUGACGAUGGGAGAAGAAGGACGAGAAAAAGGGGCGUCCUUUCGCCGCUCGCCUCUGUUUGGGAAAUAUGGCCUAUUUUUAUUCACUUCAGUUGACUACAGUGUUUAUGAGCCACUGCUAUGGAACCAAUAUUGUAAAAUAUGUACAGGGCACCCUCCUUCCCUCCCUCCCUGCCUCCUUCCUUUCUUCCCUCCCUCCAUCCUUUCCUCUCUCUCUCUCUGUCUCUCUCUGCCGCAUUCAGACUGAAAACUGAAGUACCAGGGGACCUGGAAAAAUGGUGCACGAGUGCAAUGUGCAUGAAUGUAAUGUACAUAAGGAACUGUAACAUAUCUGCAUGAUUCGCAUGGUUUCGACUCACACUGGGAACCAUACCAUAGUUACAAAGAUGCCAACUCAACCCUUCUUUCAUGAUAUCAGUA